AUGGCGCCUUCACUAAUCCAGUGUGCCCUUCUAGGGCUUGCCGCCUCCCUGGUGGUUGAGACAUCCCCCGUCUCGACUUCAGGGAGACAACUGACUCAUACCCCGGCCAUUCGAAACACCUGUGAGCAUAUUAACUACAGGAAGUCUUGGAACGCCCUCAGCGACGCAGAAAAGCAUGACUACAUCAAAGCAGAGCUCUGCCUAAUGAGCCAUCCACCGAUAACAGGCCUCGUUGAAAACGCAACCAACGUCUGGGAUGAGUUUGCCAAUGUCCACAUCACCCAAGGCAACGACAUCCACUACGUCGGCCAAUUCCUCCCCUGGCAUCGAUACUACGUCCGCACUCACGAGCUAGCCCUCCAGAAUCUAUGCAACUACACUGGCGCACACCCAUACUGGGACGAGCUGACCGAUCUAAGUAAUGGGAACAUAUCCUCCUCACCCAUCUUCGACCCAGUCACUGGAUUCGGCGGCAACGGGACAGGAAGUAAUAGCUGUGUUGGCGAUGGAACAUUCAAGGACAUCGUGCUCUACAUGAGCAAUCACCACCAACGAGGAAACGAGUUCUGUCUCUCUCGCGAUCUCAGCCAGAGUAGUUUCUCCACGGAAGCUGCAUCUAACGUCGAGACUUGCUUCGGGUAUGCGAACUAUACCGAUGCUUGGCAAUGUUACAACGGCAACCCCCACAGCGGCGGCCACGGUGGCGUCGGCGGCCUAAUGCUCGAUCCAAUCGACAGCUGCAACGACCCGCUAUUCUUCAUGCAUCACGCAUACCUCGACAAGCUAUGGUGGGAGUGGCAGAUGGCUGAUCUACCCCAUCGUCUGUACGAUAUGGGUGGGAAUAACACCGCUCCUCAGUAUAUUCUUGAUGAGGCUGGGCUGUCUCAGCCUGGGGCAGAUAUCUUGAACUAUGAUGGGGAUCCGGGAAGUACUACGACUUUGAAUCAUAAUCUGUGGAUGAAUUGGAUCGUGGCGAAUGCUACCGUUGGGGAUGUUAUGCGGUUGAAUGGAUCGGUUAUUUGUGCUGAGUAUGUGGUUGAUGAGAGAGCGAGGGUUUAUAAUACUAGUGUGAGGACGGAUGGGCAUUAUACGUCGGAGUUUUAG